CAUUGAGGCACGGCGAGAGCUGGUGUGCGGGUUGAUUGAUAAACGCGCAAGCGCUCUGGUUGCGGCCCGGGUUGCUCUUCUACAUUGCAAAAAUAAAUAAAUAAAUCAGCUGUGAAUUUUAAAAAAAACAAAACACCCCACUUUUAUUUUUUGCAAGGUUUUUAAGGACUGUGGCUUCUUCUUCUUUUUUGCUUGGGGCUUAAGAGACAGCUCCCGGGAAACAGGAUUUGCAGCCGGGCCCCGUCGGAGUGGCCGGACGCGCCAGUCUAUCCCUUUCCUUCCCCAGCCAAUCAGAGAGGCGGGCUUCCAGAAGGCUCUCCUGCUGGGAAAGAGAUCCCUCCGGGAGGCGCGAGGGGAGAGGGGGAGAAGGCGCCGCGGAGGACUCCUGCGAAGAUGAGGACGGCGCGCCGAGUCUGCCUGCUGACCCUCCUCCUGGCGCUGGCCCAGCUCGCCCUCCUCGCCCGGGGCCAAGAAGAGGAGCCCGGGGCAGAAUCUCUUGCUGAAGAGGAGUCAGAUGACGAGGACGAUGAUGAAGUUGACGAUUCUGAAGUGAAAGAAGAAAAUGGUGUACUGGUGCUGAACGACGCAAACUUCGAUACAUUUGUUGAAGGCCAAGAUACCGUGCUUUUAGAAUUCUAUGCCCCCUGGUGUGGACAUUGCAAGCAGUUUGCUCCGGAAUACGAGAAGAUUGCCAAAACACUGAAAGAAAAUGAUCCCCCCAUCCCAGUUGCCAAAAUAGAUGCUACGGCGGCCUCCGCUGUGUCGAGUCGUUUUGAUGUUGGCGGUUACCCAACCAUCAAAAUUCUGAAGAAGGGGCAGCCAGUGGAUUACGACGGCUCAAGGACAGAAGCGGAAAUUGUGGCCAAAGUGAAAGAGGUUUCCCAGCCUGGUUGGACCCCUCCACCUGAAGCCACCUUGGUGUUGACGAAAGAUAACUUCGAUGAAACCGUGAACGAGGCUGACAUAAUCUUGGUUGAAUUCUAUGCUCCAUGGUGUGGACACUGUAAACAGCUGGCUCCAGAAUAUGAGAAAGCAGCCAAAGAGCUUAGCAAACGAACUCCCCCUAUUCCCCUGGCAAAGGUUGACGCUACUGCGGAAACCGAUCUCGCCAAGAGAUUUGACGUGUCUGGAUACCCAACACUCAAGAUCUUCCGCAAGGGCAAAGCAUUUGACUACAAUGGCCCAAGAGAAAAGUACGGAAUUGUGGAUUACAUGAUAGAACAGGCUGGGCCCCCUUCAAAGCAGAUCCAGGCUGUCAAACAAGUGCAAGAGUUUAUAAAGGAUGGCGAUGAUGUCAUCAUCAUCGGGGUAUUCAGAGGAGAUCAGGACCCAGCCUACCAACUGUAUCAAGACGCCGCUAACAAUUUAAGGGAAGAUUACAAAUUCCAUCACACCUUCAGCAAUGAAAUCUCAAACUUCUUGAAAGUGGAUCCCGGGAAACUGGUGGUGAUGCAACCUGAAAAAUUUCAGUCAAAAUAUGAGCCCAAAAUGCGUGUCUUGGCUAUUGAAGAGUCCACCGAAGCUGCUGCAGUUGAAGAGCAUGUGGUGAAGAACGCGUUGCCUCUAGUUGGUCAUCGCAAGACUUCCAAUGACGCGAAGAGAUACCGAAAGAAACCUCUUGUGGUUGUAUAUUAUAUGGUAGACUUCAGUUUUGACUAUCGUGUGGCAACUCAGUACUGGCGAAACAAAGUUCUGGAGGUGGCGAAGGACUUCCCAGAAUAUGCGUUUGCCAUUGCUGAUGAAGAAGACUAUUCUACUGAGAUAAAGGAUUUGGGGCUAAUUGACAGUGGAGAAGAUGUCAAUGCGGCCAUCUUUGAUGAAGGGGGCAAGAAAUACGCCAUGGAACCAGAAGAGUUUGACUCAGAUGUGCUACGAGAAUUUGUCUUGGCAUUCAAAAAAGGUAAACUGAAACCCAUUGUGAAAUCCCAGCCGAUACCCAAAAACAACAAGGGCCCUGUGAAGAUUGUCGUUGGUAAAACCUUUGAUUCUGUAGUAUUGGAUCCUAGCUCGGACGUCCUCAUAGAACUCUAUGCCCCCUGGUGUGGGCACUGCAAGAAACUUGAGCCUGUCUAUCUAGAGCUGGGUAAAAAGUACAAGAAUCAGAAGAACCUGGUGAUUGCCAAGAUGGACGCUACCGCCAACGACAUCACCAACGACAGCUACAAAGCGGAAGGAUUCCCCACCAUCUAUUUUGCUCCCAGCAACAAGAAGAACAACCCUAUUAAGUUUGAAGGUGGGGAGAGAGAUCUGGAGCACUUGAGCAGAUUUGUAGAAGAACAUGCCACCAAACUGAGCAGAACGAAAGAAGAACUUUGAAUGGAGCAAAGACCAUCCAACGGGGAGGGGCGGGGAGUUGAUGCAAAGUUAAAGAGGUUCAGAGGAACAGCUCAGCGUUCAGAACGCUUGGAGUUUGGGGGAUGACAAAACGAUGCAGUAUGAAACUUUAUUACACAAGAAAUGCGGACUCUGAACUUUUCCGAUGUGAUUUUUUUUUUUCAUUAGUUAACCGUUCUUUAUUUCAUGAGGGAAAAAAUACAUUAUUUUUUGUGACUAACUGAAGCUUGGUCCUUGUGGUAUUUUAUUCCCUACUCCAAACAGAGCUUUAAGGAUCUGUCUUAAACAUCUUCCAGAGGUUUCU